CUUCCUCCCUUCCACUUCCCUGCCCAAAUUCGGAUUCUUCCUUCUCAAAUUGGCUGAUAAAAAGGGAGAGAAAUCGUCAUAAUGCAGGAAGCGACCGUUUCUUAUCGAUCGGCGCUCUUCCCAGUCGAAUCGCCCUCCUCGCCGUCGUCGUCCUCCGCUUCCUCUUCCAGCGGCGGAGAGCACGCCGCGGUGAUGCAUCGGAUGGUGGCCAAGAAUCCCGUUGUGGUGGUGGGGCGCAGGGAAUGCUGCAUGUGCCACGUCGCCAGGCGGCUGUUGCUGGGGUUGGGAGUCAACCCUGCGGUGUGCGAGCUUGGCGAGGAGGCCGCGGCGGAGGUAGAACGGGCGGUCGCGGUCAGCGGCGCCGGGAAUUGUAGGGGACCGAUGAUUCUUCCAGUGGUGUUCGUGGGUGGAAGACUUCUCGGUGGGCUCGAUCGCCUCCUUGCCGUCCACAUCGCCGGCGAGCUCGUGCCGAUCUUGAAGGAAGCCGGCGCUCUUUGGCUCUGAUGACCAGUUUGCCCCCCUCUUUGAUGUUUAUACCCAAAAAAAAAAUAAAAAUCGACAGCUGUGCUUCAAGAUUCGUAAUAUUAGAAGACGUUGGUGUCGAGCCGUACAAAAUUAAUUCGCAUCGAAUCCAAAUUUUCUCAUUGACACGUCA